AUUAUUAUAGAUUUUCCCAGAAUAUCAUGAACGCCCAAUCCCGUAAUGACAAUGUACUAUUAACAAACAGAAAAUCACACAAGCGUGGCCCGACUUUUACUUUGAAGAAAUUGUGUCGGCGGAUGUUAUUUUUUCACCGUCUCAUACCAGACAGACCUGGAAGUGGUGGACCUACUGGAGGAAAAAUACAAUUAAUCGGCGAAAAUAUACAAUCAGGAACCAAUAUACUAUCCAGUAUCCACGUCAACAUGCAGAUCUGCAAUGUUUGCCGAGACGAGCCAUCAAAAUAUAGAUGCCCAACCUGCCAAAUCAGAUAUUGUUCGCUUGGCUGCUAUAAGACACAUAAGGACAGUUGCAUUCGUGUUGAACGGCCAGCCCCUGUUACCCCUGAAACAAACACAGACGAACCGUGGAAUGUGGAUGACAUCCUCCAGAAGGAAGAGGAUUAUAUCGACAAAGUUCCCUUGCAGAAACUUCAACUGCUGAGCCAGUCGAAGGAGCUGAGAGGCCUUCUGCGUAACCCCCACCUGAGACAGUUAUUGCGCUCCAUCGACUCCGCGGCGAAUAAAGACGAAAUGAUGAGAGCCGCCAUGCAGGAGCCGCUGUUUGUCGAGUUUUCCGACGAGUGUUUGAAAGUUGUAGAAAAUGACCAACGCAAACCUUCAAGACCAGGGGCCAGUGAAGAUCUCUAGAGGUUUUGUUUUGCAUAGUAUUUUUUUUUUUAUAUACAUUUCUCUGUUUUUUUCCAUGCAAUGUAACAACUGAAUGAAUAAAUAUUUUCAAAACCAUCCAUAAUGCCAUUUGGAAAAAAACAAUUACGCAAAUUAAGUAAAGUAAAACUAGAAAAUGCGGUGAGUGCUGUAGUGCAAAGUGAGGUUGAAAAUAUGUUUUAAUAAGUGCAAACAUGCACACCAUUUUAAAAGUCGUAUCUGAUGGCUAGAAUUAUUUUUUUACGACCAUUUAUACUGCCAGAGCUUGGUGCUUCCUACAUAACCGGUAUAAGCUGAACGCUAACGUGCAUACGAUAUGUCAUAUGAAAGCCUCCAAGGAGUCCAACGGUACAGGCCUUAUCCUUUCGUGAGCUUUUCUCAAUGUGAACUAACUAAACUAACUGAAUCAACUAAAUGAAAAAGAAUAACUUCCAUUACACCCUUUUCCUGGAUACAAGUGGUGACCCACUUGUACACACACCCGCAAUUGACUAGCACUGAUUUAAUUAAACAAUUUCAGACUUUAUCAGAACAGUGAUAAACAAACUAUCACUUUAGGUAUUACUCUUCAAUUUAUUUGUUUAUAAAAAAAGGGUAUAGUCAGUUAUUUUUUUGAAAAACACAAUCGACAUGUCAAAAAAAAAAUACAGGUUCAGAGGUACAUCAAAUUUUGGUCACAUGAAUCUUGCAAUGAGUUUACUCUAAAGAUGGAAAUGAAUGCCAUCAUCAGCAGCCCUUACAUGUUAUAGAAUCAUCUCAGAUUGUGUUUACAUGGUUGUAUGAUAACUAAAUCAUAAUGAAACCCACAAAACAAUUAUAGUUAAAUGCAACACCAUUAUGUAAUGCAUUAUUUUUUCUAGAGAUUGGUAUAUAUUACAUGCAACUCUGUACUUUGUAGUGUGAAAAGCCCUUGCAAGUCCUUUUUUGGUGUUUUCAUAUCUGCAGUAGAACCUGCAUCUUAAUAUAGAACAAACAUUUAGCUUGAACAACAAAGAAUUCAAAUAAAUAUGAAGGCCCAUCAAAUUGCAUCUCAAUAUAAAGGGAGGCACUUGCCUAAGGCUGAUACGUUUCUAUAAAGGCAACCACAAAUAACAUGCAUUACAUUAAAAGGUGCAAUAACAAACAUGCUAUGGCUAGGACGUACUUUCAGGUGGAAGCUAUGGACUAAGGAACCCGUCUUUAACAUGUCCCUUAAUUUUGUGCAUUGCCUAUACAAUAAAACAGUGGGCAUCCAGCAAGUGUGUGUGGGAUUUGAUAUUUGAGCCCAUGCAAAAUCCAAAUGGACUUGAAACUUUUGUGAUACUGUUUGGUUCUCCUGAAGAUAUUUCUUACUGACAACAAUAACAAGAAAAUACCAUUGGCCGAAAAAAAAAAAUACAAUUUUGACAAGUAAUCAAGAACAGUAUGUUGAACGAUUUGCAUGGCGUGAAACAUAAAAAAGUGCAGCAAAGUAUUAGCAGUAGAAAGUUUCCCCGUGAUUUCAGUCUGAUCUUAAGAGAGCAGCAUUUCCAUUCGUUUGUUCAAGUAGUUAUAAUUUCAGCUUGUCGUGAGUGUUGAGUGUAUAGUAACCUCGAGUGUGAUCUACAGUCAAACGCGUUACAAUGUUUUCUCAAGUAGGAUCUGGUUGAACCCCGUCACUCCCUCUCUUCUCAGGUGUGGAAGCAUGUCAGCGUAGAGCAACGGAGACCUCUGGUAGUGGAGCUUCACAGAUCCCUAAAAAGCAACACAAUAGUUUAAACCAUGAAUCCAUAAAAAAAAUUAAAAUAAACAGAGAAUCACCUGACAU